AGAAGCCGGAAACAAAGCUGUGCUACGUUGAAAUAGCGGCAUUUGGUGUUCCGCCAUCUAUUUGCUUCACAUUUGAUGUCUUUUAGGCAAAAAGACAAACACUCUUUUCUCCUCUCUUUUCAUAUCUUCUUUUUUCCCAUCCAUCCUACUCCACCGUCCUCUCUUUGUUUUCCUCUCUAUUUUGAGCCAUGUCGCAAGACGAGAAAAGAUCUGACGUCCUUAUAGUUGGCGCAGGACCGACUGGACUCUAUGCUGCUUUAUUGCUCAGUCAUAUGGGCUGUUCUGUAUGCAUCAUCGACAAAAAAGAUGCGAAUGACCCUUCAAAUAAUCCCACGUACCUUUGGUCACCGCGAUCCCUUCAACUACUGCAAGCCUUUGAUCUUGUCAAUUUUUUACUCGAGCACGGUGUACGCCACUGGGGUCUCGAAACAUUCACAAACAAAGGCCACGGAAACGCAGCUGUGACGGGUAGCCACAAUAAGCAUCCUGUGUGGGAAAACGAAGCAACCGAGUUCAACUGGAGUUUGUCAUGCGAAAGUGACCAUGUAUGUCGAGUGCUUUCCGACGCGCUAAGCCAGCGUAAAGGCGUGCGCGUGCGAUACAACCACGAAUUGAUCGACAUGGAAGAUUGCGAGAACGACACGUGCUUGGCGACGAUAUUACCCACCAGCAGCACCCAUACGAGUAAAACCAGUAAGAGCAAACACCAUCAGGACAACAGCCAGCAAGGCCCAUACUACUGGAAAUCACAGAUCGUUCUCGGCGCGGACGGGACACACAGCUUUGUUAGACAGAAAUUGGGCAUUGCGUAUGAACGCCUGAAAUCAACCUCGGUAUUCUAUACUAUCGAGGCUACUGUUACAACCAAUUUCCCUGCCGCGCGAAAAAUGGCAGUAUUGAGCAAAGGUCCAAACUCGCUUUUCUAUAUUGGACACCGGGACAACAGGGCUUACAUUUCGUUUGAGCAUAAGCCAAAGUGGAGUCGCUUGACAAUCGACGACGACGUGCCGUUGUUACUUGCUCAGAAACACGUCAAAUCAAUCAUGGAGCCAUAUCAGAUUGAAUUCAACAAGCCUCAUUCAUAUCGACGGUGGACAGCCACCGAAAGGACAUCUGAAGAAUUCAGUUUGAACCGACGCUACUUUUUAGCCGGUGGAGCGGCACAGUCGGUGUGCCCUGAAGGCAUACUGGUCUCGGAUCUUGGAUUGGAGCAGGUCAAUAAUUUGUGCUGGAAGCUGUUCUUGUGUCUUAAACAUCGUGGAUCACCUGAACUUUUGGAUACGUACGAGGAGGAGUGCCGAUCCAAGCUCAGCGAUACCCGCCAGGCUUCGAAAGCAUUGAUGCACCUGUUCACCCAGAGCGCACCGUCGAGUGGACGUGGGCUCAACUCAACGCCGAGUCGAGAGUUGAUUUACAUGCUGAGCAAAACAAAACAUGGAUUCAUCGGUGAGGCACCGUACCAUGCCAACAUGCUGAACGUUGACACUGCAAGCACUAUAUCGAUCACGUCGGUCGAUGAAGCGGAUACCAUACAAGCUGUUACUGCAUCCUUUACACAACGCGCACAACGUAAAAUCCAGAUGGGCGCACCAGGAACCUUGGCGCCGAAUUCCAAACUUAAACCUUACACCCUUUUCACGCUCCUCGUCAAUACCAAAGAAACCGCCACUCCGCCUGGAAGCAUCGCUAAUGGCAGCAAACCACUGUCGUCCUCGCAUAACAGCAGCAAAGAUAGUAAUAGCAACGAUAAAGACGAUAGACCGCCGCGUACUAGCACGCUACGAUGGCGUCGCGAGCGAUCCAACUCAACAAGCAGCACAUCCUCAAGCACCACCAGCUGGCUUUUGUCACCCAUCAUCAAACGCAGCAGCACCAGUAAUCCGAGCGCUAUCCCAGCAAUGACAUCAACAACAACGACCACUGCCACAGCAGUACACAGCAACACAACCAGUACAGCUGAACGGUGGCGUAGAAUAAAAACCAACCACUACAGCGUACUCGAUCGCAUGGCUCAGAAUGCAUCAACGUCGGCAUUCCGAUUGGUGAUCUUUUGCGGAUCGCUAAACGAUGCCGAGAAUUUGGCGACUUUGCAACGUUUCCGACGACACCUUGAAGAACCACACUCAUUUAUGCAGCGUUACGAAAAGCUGCAAUCAAAUCAUCCAUUAUUAUCAGGCUCAUGGAUAUUUGACGAGCCCGUCAAACGCAACUCCAGCCUUUCCUUGUCAUCCAUAUCACAUCGUUCCUCAGUUUCCAGCAGCAAUCGUGUCUUCUUUUACUCUCCUCCCACAUCUCCGGUCUCAACGGUCCGAACAUCCCUUGACCAACCCCGCUUAACUACGUCCUCUGAUUUCCACCCAUCAAGCGACACAAACGGUGCUUCAACCUCGACAACAACAACAACAACACCCUCUAUGUUUUCAUUCUUGUAUAUUACUAGCUCCAGUCGAACAGAAAUCGGCAAGUUUCUCAGCGACACCAAGCCGGCCGUCGUGCAUGCCACUUUCCCACUCGGUCUCGACAAGGUGUACUUGGAUCACGACCAACAGGCACACACAUUGUACAACGUUAGGCACAGCCCAUCUGUUGUUGUUGUACGUCCGGAUGGUUACAUUGGCGCUUGUGUUCGGUUGCAGCACGAUCUGGAUUUUGAAAAACUCGAUGCAUAUUUUGAUGCAUUUCUCCGACCGCCGAUCGAUAUGACCAGUGCCGCAGCCAUGGCUGCUGAUUAUUACGACCUGUAGAUCCCUCCUUUAAUUAAUCACAUAUGCUUGAAUUUCAACCUUUAUCGUUUUGUAUUAUAACCUUUGAUUUCCAUAUUUUUUAGCUUAUCAAAAUAUACAACUGUAAUUCUAGUUUUACUGUAUAAUAAUAAAUCCU